UUUUUCAUCUAAACGACCUUGACAGAAACAUCAACAAGGUUACGGUAUUCUACACAUGGCAGAAUGUUUACUUCGCUUCUGAGAAGGGUUCUUCAACCAAAAAAGAUAAUUCAGACAAGCAGGAGGAACUUAUUUGCCUCACAGCAAUUGUUUAGUCCAACAAAAUCUGACAACUUGCCAGAGCACAGUGAUGAGGUACUCCAUGCCCCAUUGUACAUGUUCACAGAAGAAGAAACAAUGAUGAAGGAAACAGUGGCGAAGUUGGCAAAAGACAAGAUUGAACCCUUGGUGAGAGAGAUGGAUGAAAAGUCACAAAUGGACCCCUCAGUUAUCAAAGCAUUGUUUGAAAAUGGGUUGAUGGGUAUUGAGAUAGAUGCAGAAUAUGGUGGCACCCAUUCCACUUUCUUCUCCUCCAUACUUGUGAUAGAAGAACUGGCUAGGGUGGAUCCCGCAGUGAGUGUGUGCUGCGAUGUACAGAAUACUGUUGUCAACGCACUGUUACUUAACUAUGGAAACCAAGAACAGAAACAGAAAUAUUUGCCCAGACUGGCUACAGACAUGAUUGGCAGCUUUUGUUUGUCUGAAGCAGAAUCUGGGUCUGAUGCCUUUGCCCUGAAGACGUCGGCUGUGAAAGUGGGUGAAGAUUAUGUGAUAAAUGGAAACAAAAUGUGGAUUACAAAUGCAGAGCAUGCUGGAGUCUUCUUAGUCAUGGCAAAUGCAAAACCCACGGAGGGUUACAAGGGCAUAACCUGUUUUAUAGUUGACAGAGAGACUGAUGGAGUGACUAUUGGGAAGAAAGAAGAUAAGUUAGGAAUAAGAGCAUCUAGUACCUGUCCUGUGCAUUUUGAUCAUGUCAAGGUUCCAGAGAGUAAUAUAGUUGGCACAUUUGGUCAUGGAUACAAAUAUGCAAUUUCAAUGCUGAAUGAGGGAAGAAUAGGAAUUGGUGCACAGAUGCUGGGUCUGGCUGAGGGUUGCAUUGACCAUGUCAUACCAUACACUAUGGAGAGGAAGCAGUUUGGAAGAAGCAUAUGGAAUUAUCAGGCCAUGCAGCACCAGAUAGCAGAAGUCCAGACAAAGAUUGAGGCGGCAAAACUUCUCAUCUAUAAUGCUGCACGGCUCAAGGAAGCUGGGAUGCCUUUUGUGAAGGAAGCGUCAAUGGCUAAAUAUUUUGCCAGUGAGGUUGCUUCUGUGACCACCUCCAAGUGUAUUGAGUGGAUGGGGGGUGUGGGAUUCACCAAGGACUACCCCGUGGAGAAAUACUACAGAGACUGUAAAAUUGGGACAAUAUAUGAAGGUACUACCAACAUCCAGUUGAAUACCAUUGCUAAGUGUAUUGCACAGGAGAGACAGGGAUAACGCUUAGAAAGGGUCCCUUCUGACCCAACAGUAGCACAGUCAAGGAGGUGGAAUCUCAGACUUUUUUCUCAUUAAUAUGUAUCAAUUUUGAAAACAUUCUUGGACCGCUUAAUAAAUUGGAGUGAUGUGAG